AGAGAGUAGCUCAAGCUGUUAGUCUGUCUGUGGUCUCUUGUAAGAUUUUCUAUAAGUUCAGUGUACAUAAACCGAUUGGUGUGAACCAGACGAUCUUUCAGAAAAUAAUGAACGGGACAGUAACAAUGGCACCAGCAGCCCAAAAUGAUGUGGAACCUCCGAUCAAGAAGGCCCGUGUUGAAGAUGUUACAGCGGAGAGAGAGACAGUACAGAAUCUCUGGCCUUCGACUGAGCUGCGAUCAUGAGCGUGCGCCAAACAAUGAAAGAGAAAACGCUACAAUAACCUUGAAACAGAAAAACAGAUCUGAGUUUUCCAAAAAGCUCCCACUGACACGCACAAUGGCGUCUAUGUAACUCGUCGAGUACCCCAAGUACUCGCGAUGACGCGUCUCUCUUUAGAUAGGUCAGCAUAUUCAACAAUAGGGUAGCUACAUUUCUUCCAGUCUUUCUAACUACGAGUCUCCUUAAACUGUAGAGUAUAUAUCUUAGUUUUCUUGACCAUUCAUUUUACAAAAUCACAAUCAUUCACAGGACCAUAAUUGCAGCAAUUCAUAUCUAAGAGACUCGUACUUAGAAAAGGCAGUGGCGAUGCGUGACGUGUCUCAUUAUAAUUUCCAGCAAUUAUUUAACAAUAGCUACAAGAAAUAUAAUUGAUAAAUGUUUGGGACCAAAGUUAGGCCCAUCAAUGAAUUGCUAAAAAAAAUAUUUUCAAGAAAACGGCUAUCGCCACUGCUGUUGCGUUAGCGUGACAGGGUUUAGUCGUUCAUUGAAAACAUCUCGGCUAGGUUGGAUAAGGCAGCACCUAAAGAAUUGGCGCAGAAACAAAAGAAAAACGCACUGAGAGUGUUCUCCUUUGCUUUGUGCUUACAGAUUUCUGCGUCGCCUCAGUCUCGCAGGAUAAUUUACGCGUGCUACCUUCAUUGCUCGGCCCCGAAAGCACGGUUAGCCGUUCUUGAUACCAAAACCUCUUGAUAAUGAACACGAGGACAAUAAAAAAAAUUAAAUACCAUAAUCAAAUCCAUUGUUCUACAAUACCUUGAGAUACUCUGCUUCAAUAAGUGGUACCGUUAAGGAUACAAUGACAGUAGCAAGAUUCUAAGAUGAUAUCUAAAUCCUCUACAAGAACUGUACACUCAACGGACCAUUAUUAAUGUGAAUUAUCUUUUAAUUUUUAUUCUUUUUGUAUUCUUACUUUCUUUUUCUUUUUGCAAGUUUCUCGAGAGUGAAAGGUUUUCCAGGGCUACUGUCCUCCCCUGUGAUCCAUGAAAUGACCGUCCACUCGCUCUUUCGUGGCCCUUCGUAUUAAACUACGUGCGACUCUUAAUUCAGAAAGUUAAAAAAGGAACAGAGAAAUCUCGACGAAUACCAAAACGUGUUCUGAUUUCUGUUUCAGAAUGUCCUAAGCCCUACGUACGAAUUGGUCACGCUCCCACUGAAAUCUAGUUAUAGGAUAAAAGCGCGCCGGCUCGAAGUGUCUAUAAUAGAUUAUAAUACUUUGCUCGCUUUUAUUCACCGUUAUACGUACGUUCGUGCUCUUGAGGAAGUCACUGACUGAUACCACCAUUAGUCGUCGUCCUGAACAUAAUUUUCCUGCAGCUACUUUCACUUCUUUAUUUGCAUUAUAAAUGUCCUCUUCGGUGGCUACUCGAUAACACGGACCCUCAUAGUCGAAACGGGAUAUAUUUAUAUAUAUACAUAUAUUUUUUCUCUGUCUAAUCUUCCUCGAUAAAAAUUCCAACUGUCAUCCGUUGCUGCUCUGUCUUUGACAUUUUUAAUUUGUUUAAACUUACAGUUUGGCGGAAGUUCCUGGAUAAAAGCGGAAGCUGCUCUGCGCGCGACGUCCUUGCAAAUUAAUUCUUUACGUCCCGUUUGUUGCCUUUGUUUCUGUUACUUCCUUACUUUAUCUCUCUACCUCUCUCCCCUCCCCUCCCCUCCUCUCUCUCUCUCUCUCUCUCUCUCUCUCUCUCUCUCUCUCUCUCUCUCUCUCUCUCUCUCUCUCGCUCAUGUCCAGUAAAAAUUUUCAUUAACGUAAAGUUUCAUUGCCAUAAAUUUAUGUGAGAGAAACCUUCUCAUUUGUCCUCAUUGACUUUUGUGAGAGAGAAAGAGAGACAGACAACGUCCUAUUCCCACAAAUAUUCAGAUACAUGGAUUUUUAAUGAAUACAAAAAAAGAGAAAAACAAACGACAUUCCCAUAGCACGCAAAAGCAUUCCUUCAUCGCAAUGUGUUAUCACUUAUAUCGUUGGCACCGUAUACACUUCCACCGUCAUCGCCGAUGCCUCAUAUGUCCCUGGGGUCCUCACGUAGAUGAGAAACCUGGAAGAACGAAGCUUAUCUUUUCUCCUUACAUCUUUCUUUUGUUACCCUGUAUAUCUCGACCCCCGCCCCACACCCAUCCGACGGUGGAAGUAAACACGGUGGUAGAAUCCUCAGCAAGAAUCAUUGGAUUAAUUUGAUAUUCUUUUAUAGGAAGCGCCACGGAGUUUCUGCCUGGACCCAUAUAUGAUCUCAAUCAGACGGGACAGGUUGUUGCCGGCCCUGGCGCCAAGUAUCUUACUUUGCCUGGGAUCCUGGGUGCCGCCCUCCCAAAGAUCACUUCUGAACAACAGGACACUGUAACCAGGGCUAAGAAAUAUGCUAUGGAACAGAGUAUCAAGAUGGUCCUCAUGAAGCAAACCCUCGCGCACCAGCAACAGAAGAAUAAGUUGGUCCUGCGGCAGCAAGUUUUAUUGCUAAUGUGCAGCAAAUGGCUAGUCAACGGAAUCAGGUGCAGAGACAGCAGGCUCUCGCUCUCAUGUGCAGGGUUUACGUGGGGAGCAUAAGCUUCGAGCUGAAGGAGGACACAAUUAGACAGGCCUUCCUACCGUUUGGCCCGAUAAAAUCUAUCAACAUGUCAUGGGAUCCUGUCACUCAGAAGCACAAAGGAUUCGCAUUCGUAGAGUACGAGAUACCAGAAGCUGCCCAACUCGCUCUGGAGCAAAUGAACGGUGUCAUGAUCGGUGGACGCAACAUCAAGGUAGCGGGACGUACCUAUAUAACGAAUUUCCCGUCCCCGUGCAAUCCUAUCGUCACGCCGGAGGUCGUCGGCAGGCCAUCGAAUAUGCCGCAAGCACAAUCGGUCAUCGAUGAAAUAACCGAGGAGAGCAAACACUAUAAUCGCAUCUACAUAGCCUCGAUUCACCAGGAUCUAACCGAGGACGACAUAAAGUCUGUCUUCGAGGCAUUCGGUCCUAUUACCUACUGCAAACUGGCUCAGGGUAGUUCACCUCAUCGACACAAGGGCUAUGGCUUCAUCGAGUACGAGACUAUGCAGUCUGCCCUGGAAGCCAUAGCUUCGAUGAACCUCUUUGAUCUUGGUGGACAGUAUCUCAGGGUGGGACGCGCUAUAACACCACCUAAUGCACUAAUGGGACCACCUAGCGGAACCAGCAUGAUGCCCACCGCAGCCGCAGUUGCCGCAGCAGCUGCAACCGCCAAGAUUCAGGCUAUGGAUGCUGUGGCAAGCAAUGCCGUUGCACUUGGUCUUACUAAAUUGGGCAAUACAGCGCCGCCAAUCCUUAAUCAAGCUCUUCCCGGAAUAGUCAGACCUACGAUAGCACCAGCUACUAUAAUGGCUCCGCCAACUGUUACUACUGUCGCACCAGUAAUUCCACCUCCAGGAAUAGCCAUUCCUCAGACUCUCACUCGUCCACCAGCUAUCAUACAACCUAUUCCUGGACAGCCUGUUGUUAUUCCACCACCAGCUGUCGUUACGCCCACUGUGGUCGGAGCUCCUGUCGUAAGUUCUGCAUCAGGGAUAUCAGUCACGAACGCAGGGGGUACAGAUAUUAUGAGGCGCGCUCAGGAACAACAAGCGGCUCACCAGAAACAACAGGAAGAACUUCAGAAAAAACUCUUAGAGGAGACUGAACCCCAAACUUUACAACAACAGGAGAAUAUGUCAAUAAAGGGACAAAGUGCUCGGCAUCUGGUGAUGCAGAAACUCAUGAGAAAGGUCGAGUCUCGCGUAGUCAUCUUGAGAAACAUGGUCGCCCCAGAGGACGUUGACGAGAGCCUCCAAGAAGAGAUACAAGACGAAUGCUCAAAAUUCGGUGUAGUCGAACGCGUUAUUAUUUACAAUGAAAAACAAUCAGAGGACGACGAGGAUGCUGAAGUUAUCGUGAAGAUUUUCGUUGAGUUCUCACAGAUGAGCGAGGCUGAAAGAGCUAGGGAUUCUUUGAAUGGGCGCUAUUUUGGAGGUCGGUUGGUCAAAGGUGAACUUUAUGAUCAAGCAAUCUUCGACAACAGUGACUUCUCUGGUUGAUUUGUCUGAUGAAACCUUUCGGUGGCCACUGAGGACACUAAAUGUCAGAUUAUUAUUUUUCCUAUGGAAGAAUCCCUAUACACGCUGGUUUACAAGAUUACAUCGAUUCUGCGCGUCCAUUGGUACCCAUGGUAUCGCUCUACGACCUGGACUUUGUUUCUAGUGUUACAGAGAUUCACUUCGAAGUAUCAUCUGGAGUAUCGAUUGACUGAUUUCCAUUUGGUGAUGAUUUGCAAACGUUUUGAUUGAGGACGCGGUGGAAUAACUCGCUGUUUUAUUGGGAAUGAUAUAUAAGAUAUGAAAAAAAUAAAAAUGAAAACGGACCUUGUUCACAAAUACGUAAGAAACGAUAAUAGUCGUAUCCACAAAACAAUUCCGUAUUGUGGAUGCUAGUUUUUUUUUCCCCCUAAAAUACUUGAGGUGUCGUCAAGAUUUAACAUAAGGGCUUAGUUAGAUUUAAAUGUCGAACGUGAUUUCUGUUGAUAUACGGUGUGACUGAGCGUACGUGAACACAAAAUAUCCAUGCGUAUAUGUAUGUAUAGCAAUGAUCAAAUAUUAAUAAAUUGUUUUACACAAAA